AUGACUGCAACAAGCUUACUAUUGGGAAUACCGUGGCAAUAUGAUAUUCGUGAUGUUCAUAAUUGUCAUGAAAACACUUAUACUUUUGUUCAUGAAGGUUUUACUAUAGUUUUAUGGCCUUUACAAACUUCUAUUUCAGUUAAGGAACCAACAGACAAGAAGAUCACUGCCUUGGUUGCUACUAUUGUUCAUUCUUUAUAUCACACUCAUUCUUUGAGCUCUCAUGAAGUUGCUAAACCUAUGGUGGAGAUUCCAGACAAGGUAAAACCUUUAUUGUCUUCUUUUAGUGACUUAUUUCCUGCUGAGUUACCAAAUAUUUUACCUCCACUUAGAGAUUUACAACAUCAAAUAUACUUCAUUCCUGGAACUUCUAUUCCUAAUCAACCUCAUUAUAGGUUAAGUCCUAAAGAGCAUGAGAUAUUACAAGGUCAGGUUGAUGAUUUGUUACAAAAAGGUUUGAUAAGACUUAGCAAAAGUACUUGUGCUAGUCCAUCCUUUUUAGUAGACAAAAAAGAUGGUGGACAUUUGGAUAGUAUCAAAUACGUAUCCGAGAAGGUGAUGAAUGGAAAACAACUUUCAAGACAAAGGAAGGGGAACCGAGAUAAGUUACGUGUCAGAGGUUUAUCACAAGUGUUCGUUGAAGUUAAUGAAAAAGGAACUGAAGCUGCUGCUUCUACUGCUUUUGUCAGGCCGGUUAAUGGCAAGAGUCUUCCCCAUUCAGCUCCUGUCGGUUUCGUGGCAGAUCAUCCUUUCAUGUUCAUUAUUAGAGAGGAGGAAAGUGGUGCAGUGUUGUUCAUGGAAGAUGUCCUUAAUCCUUCAUCAAACUAG